AUGCUGCGCGAGCGGACCGUGCGGCUGCAGUACGGGAGCCGCGUGGAGGCGGUGUACGUGCUGGGCACUUACCUCUGGACCGAUGUCUACAGCGCGGCCCCCGCCGAGGCCCGGACCUUCAGCCUGAAGCACUCCGAGCGCGUGCGCGUGGAGGUGGUGCGCGACGGGCAGGCCGAGGAGGUGGCCACCAACGGCAAACAGCGCUGGCUUCUGUCGCCCAGCACCACGCUGCGGGUCACCAUGAGACAGGCGAGCGCUGAGGCCAGCAGUGACAAGGUCACUGUCAACUACUAUGAGGAGGAGGGGACUAUGCCCAUUGACCAGGCUGGGCUCUUCCUCACAGCCAUCGAGAUCUCCCUGGAUGUGGAUGCAGACCGGGACGGUGUGGUGGAGAAGAACAACCCGGGAAAGGCAUCCUGGACCUGGGGCCCUGAGGGCCAGGGGGCCAUCCUGCUGGUGAACUGUGACCGAGACACGCCCUGGCUGCCCAAGGAGGACUUGAACGAUGAGAAGGUCUACACCAAGGAAGACCUCAAGGACAUGUCCCAGAUGAUCCUGCGGACCAAAGGCCCUGAGCGCCUCCCCGCCGGAUACGAGAUAGUUCUCUACAUUUCCGUGGCGGACUCAGACAAAGUGGGCGUGUUCUACGUGGAGAACCCGUUUUUCGGCCAACGUUACAUCCACAUCCUGGGCCGGCGGAAGCUCUACCACGUGGUCAAGUACACGGGCGGCUCGGCGGAGCUGCUGUUCUUCGUGGAAGGCCUGCGCUUCCCCGACGAGGGCUUCCCGGGCCUGGUCUCCAUCCACGUCAGCCUGCUGGAGUACAUGGCCGAGAAGAUUCCCCUGACACCCAUCUUCACGGACACCGUGAUAUUCCGGAUUGCUCCGUGGAUCAUGACCCCCAACAUCUUGCCUCCCGUGUCGGUGUUCGUGUGCUGCAUGAAGGACAAUUACUUGUUCCUGAAAGAAGUGAAGAACCUGGUUGAGAAAACCAACUGCGAACUGAAGGUCUGCUUCCAGUAUAUCAACCGAGGGGACCGCUGGAUCCAGGAUGAAGUUGAGUUUGGCUACAUAGAGGCCCCCCACAAAGGCUUCCCAGUGGUAUUGGACUCCCCCCGAGAUGGAAACCUGAAGGACUUCCCAGUGAAGCAGCUUCUGGGCCCAGAUUUCGGCUACGUGACCCGGGAGCCCCUCUUCGAGCCUGUCACCAGCCUUGAUUCCUUUGGGAACCUGGAGGUCAGUCCACCAGUGACUGUGAACGGCAAGGCCUACCCCCUGGGCCGGAUUCUCAUCGGGAGCAGCUUUCCUCUGUCCGGCGGUCGGAGGAUGACCAAGGUGGUGCGGGACUUCCUGCAGGCCCAGCAGGUGCAGGCGCCCGUGGAACUCUACUCAGACUGGCUGACCGUGGGCCACGUGGACGAGUUCAUGACAUUCGUCCCCAUCCCGGGCAAAAAGGAAUUCCGGAUGCUCAUGGCCAGUACCGCAGCCUGCUACAAGCUCUUUCGAGAGAAGCAGAAGGAGGGCCACGGGGAGGCCAUCAUGUUCAAAGGCCUGGGCGGUAUGAGCAGCAAGCGAAUCACCAUCAACAAGAUUCUAUCCAAUGAGAGCCUCGUGCAAGAAAACCUGUACUUCCAGCGUUGCCUGGACUGGAACCGUGACAUCCUCAAGAAGGAGCUGGGGCUGACGGAGCAGGACAUCAUCGAUCUGCCCGCCCUGUUCAAGAUGGACGAAGGCCGCCAGGCCAGAGCCUUCUUCCCAAACAUGGUGAACAUGAUUGUGCUGGACAAGGACCUGGGCAUCCCUAAGCCGUUCGGGCCCCAGGUGGAGGAGGUGUGCUGCCUGGAGACGCACGUGCGCUCCCUGCUGGAGCCCCUGGGCUUCUGCUGCACCUUUGUGGACGACAUCUCGGCCUACCACAAGUUUCUGGGGGAGGUGCACUGUGGCACCAACGUCCACAGGAAGCCCUUCUCCUUCAAGUGGUGGCACAUGGUGCCCUGAGCAGCCAGGGCGGGGGCUGUGCUGUGCGGGUCUCAGCCCGUCAGUAACCAAGAUUGUGGUGGGGCCAGCCCUCGUGGUUCUUAUGAUUGCA